GGCCACCUGGCUAGUUGGCUAACUGGCUAGUGGCUAGCUGGCUAAUAACUAACUGGCUAGCUGGCUAGUGGCCAUUUGGCUAGUUGGCUAACUGGCUAGUGGCUAGCUGGCUAGUGGCUAACUGGCAAAAGUGCACCUCUCCGUAAAAAACUUACAUGGUCUUACAUACAUGGUCUCCAUUAGCUUUAGCAUUUUUACAUUUUGUAUUUUCCUUUGAGAUUUAGCACCUUAGCCAUUGUCAAAUUGAGCAAGUGAUGCUACAGUGCAUGCUAGCACACGAUAUCCAUGAACGUUGCCGGCAUGCUAGCUGUUAGCAUUGCAGCUAUUUGCAUACAAAGUUAUAGUUAGCCUUCUAGCUAUUAGCAUACGUAGCAUUUCUAAUUUGUUGGCAUGCUGGCCAGGUCAAAUUUUGAGAAUUUCCAUGGGAAAAGAUAGCUUAGCAUAUGGACCUCCGCUGUAGCGGUUUUAGCGCUUUAAUGUCCAUAAUGCGUCCAGGUUGUUCAAUAUGUGGACACCUUGAAAGCCGCCUUUAGGCAGUCAGGAACGGACCCUGGGAGUGAUGGCUUAUCGUGGGUUAAAGCGUACAAGGAAGUGAGUCCACCACCAAGGGAGUAAAGUCCAGAAGAGGGCGGCAACAGCGACUCCAGGAAAUACACCUGGCUCUAACAAUGGCGCUCGUUUGUGUUCUGGCUUAGAUUUAUCGUCUUGUUUACAUUCUGCUAAAACGUGUCCCAAUGGAUCCACAGAGGCCGGACUGGGAGGACUACGGAGGAGGUGACUCCUACUCUGAUGGCCGGCAGUCUCUGAGGCUACGACACCUGUCACCUGGGGCGUCCACCCGUAACUCCCCCCAGUUCCCACGGGGGCCGCCGGCCCCAGAAGAGGAUGACGCGGAAGACCCAGGCCCGGAUCUUCAAGACCUUCGUAGCAUCCCCCUGCCCAUGGCGCUGAAAAGGGCUGUCAGGCAGGUGCAGCAAAUGCAGGUUCCCGUGGCCUCCAGGAUGUCAUCCUGGAAGCAAAAGAAGCGCAAAUCCCUGCAAAAACUCCAAGCUAACGCCAGAGAAUUCCUAAGCUUCUUCACGCUGUGGAGCAAGUCUUUGCAGAAAAUCGGAGGGAACUUUGGAGGAGGUGUCCAGUCCUACUUUCUGUUCCUGCGCUUCCUGGUGGUGCUGAACUUUGUCUCCUUUUUGCUGAUUGCCGGGUUCGUCUUCAUUCCCAGCGUGGUCUUCAGAUCGGUGGGCGGCAGCCCUGUAAACCACACCGGGCCUGAGGAAUGCAUGCGAUACCAGCCCAACCCUCAAGGCCUGGUGGUCUUCUAUAAUUACUUCCUGGACUUGCUUUCAGGAACGGGUUUUAUGGAGUAUUCGUACCUCUUUUACGGGUACUACAACAACACACUGGUGGGGGACACCAGCUUCUCCUACAACAUCCCGCUGGCCUACCUCUUCACCGCCGUCUUCUACUUGGCCUUUUGUCUCAUCUGCAUCAUCGCCAGGAUGGGGACGGCGGCUCGUGUGGCCGUGGCGGCGGGGGGCGGCGCCGUGGGCAACUACAGCGUGAUCGUGUUCACCGGCUGGGACUACGCUUCGCUGGGGGGCCGAGCCACGAGGCUCAAGCAGAAGAACAUCCACUACAGACUGCAGGUGGACCUGGAGGAGGAAAUGAUGAAGAAGAGGUCGGCCGCUCUGACCUCGUGUCAAAAGACGGUCUUGUACUCCCUUCGCGUAUUGAUGUGCGUUGUUGCGUUUGGCCUCAUCAUGGCCGCCUGCGUCGGCAUCUUUAGGGCCACGAUGUUGAGUCAGGAGAGGAGUGGCGACGAUGGGAUUCUGGGUUUGAUAUUCGAGUAUCUGCCGUCCAUGGCCAUCACGGCCGGUAACUUCCUGGUGCCUCUUCUGUGUGACCAGAUCGCCGUGGUGGAGCGGUACACGCCCAGUACCACGGUCAUCGUGGCGCUGUUGAGGGCCGUGUUCCUGCGUCUGGUGAGUCUGGCUGUCCUGCUCUUCACCCUGUGGAGUCAGAUCACGUGCCAGGUGGACCGGACCAAGUGCGCCGUGUGCCAGUACAACCACGAGGAGUACCCGUGCUGGGAAACCCGAGUAGGCCAGGAGAUGUACAAGCUGGCGCUGUUUGAUCUCAUCGUCACCGUCGCCGUGCUGGUCCUGGUGGAGGUCCCGCGCCGGAUGCUGGUGGACAACUGGUCCAAUAGGGCGGCCCGGUGGCUGGGGCGGCAGGAGUUUGUGGUGUCGGCCAACGUGCUGGGUCUGGUCUACGGUCAGACGGUCGUUUGGGUGGGGGCUCUCUUCUGCCCCCUGCUGCCCGUCAUCAACACCCUCAAGUUUGUCAUCCUCUUCUACUGCAAGAAGAUCACACUCUUCUCGAACUGUCGCCCGGCGCUCAGGACCUUCCGCUCCACCACCUCCACCUUCGUCUUUCUGGUGGUGCUCCUGUUCGGAUGGGCCAUGGCCACCCUGGUCCUCAUUUACAGCGUCGCCGAGAUCCGACCCUCUGCGGGUUGCGGACCGUUCCGUUUCUUCCCGUACAUGUGGGCCAUCGUUCCCGCUUCUUUCCACCGCCUCUCUAAAGUCACGAAGGAGUUUCUCUUCUUCAUCGGUUCCCAGGCCUUCUCCAUCCCGCUCUUUGCUUUAUCCUGUGUAGUCAUGUGUUACUUCAUAGCGCUGGCUGCCGUUUAUGGAAGAAGUGUUACUUUGCUUAAAGCUCAGCUCAAACAGGAGGGCCGUGACAAGCAGUUCUUGGUCAAACAGAUGGAGAAACUGAGUCGUCCUCUUCAGAUGCCAACACAUUAAGCAUGACUCUUUUAUUUUACACCUAAUUUAGUGAUUAGUUUGAAUCUACUUCAGGUAUUUUAAUUAGUAAUCCACAAAUUGUGUGGAAAAAAAGAAAUCAAUCAAAUAAAAGCAAAUGCCCAGCAUCGUUCAUAACCAUAAAUUCAAGUCGUUUUAGCGCCAUCUGGUGUCCACAAGGAGUGUCCAGUUGUGCCAAAUCCACGCCCACUUCCGUAAUAUUCUCUGUGCAGGUUUGGCCGCCAUGAUGGUGAGCAAAAUCCAAAAACAUUACACAGUAAACAUGUACAGGGGCACAUUGUUACGCCAUUAAUUGGCAAUUAUUUAUAUAAUCUAACUAUCACCAUUGUGCACGUUGAUUGCUAAUCGUUGGUUACACUGUACGGAGCGAAAAAAGUAAAAUAAAGAAGAAAUAAAGAAACGGGUUUCUUUCACAUUUUUGUUCGGGUUAAUAAUGACAUCUACGUUUAGGCUAUAUAUGUAAAUAUAUAUUCAUUAGAAAUACUAUGUAUCAUUAUAUAUGCAUUCAUUCGUUUCAUCCAAGUGUACGCACUGCGCCUACAUUUCUUGGUUACCGUCAUGGCGGACUACACUCGUAGU